CAAACACAAGAGACCAACUUUACGGUGGUGCUUAAGAAACGGCGAAGCCUUGACAACAACGCCUUUCCUUGAGGAGCAUCCAGAGAAAGUAAAAAGCCAAGAUCAUACUCGUUUAUUCAUGAAGCUGCCGGUAGAAUUGAGAACCCAGAUCUGGAAAUACUUCAUGACUCCCUCACGUAUCAUCUUACAUCGACGUGAUCAAGGAUGUGGACUGAGUCGCAUGUAUCCUGAAAAACAAACAACAUGGGAAUGGUUUGUUGUUGAUGAUGAGAAGGAAAUUGCUGGGUAUAAGGUGUCUCUGCUUUGUAGAGAGAUUUGCAGAGAGGCGGCAAUGAUCAUAUCACCAGAUAGUACCCUUAUAAGCUACACCCGCGCCAAACAUCCAAGAUUCCACAGAAAUGGGUUUUUCUUCUCUUUCGCAAAGGAUAUUCUCUUCACGGCUUGCAUCGAACAGCCGGUAGCAGGUGAGUCGAAGAAUAUGCGAUUAAAUGAUUAUACUAAUAUGUCCCACUAUAGAUAUUGAAAGAAGCUUCUUCUCCAAAAUACAAAACGUAGGAGCGGUCAUGGAUGGCUCUAAGUUCAGGAUUUCUGGCAAACGACUUAAUCCAGGCAGGUUUGGAGUUUUUCUUCGCGAGAUGAAGAGCCUUCGAACCAUCUACCUUGUCUAUUUUCGAGAGUUUUUAGGAGCAUCAGACACUAGGGAGAGAGAUAGGAAGAACGUUCAAGACAGAUGGGAAAAGCAGAAGGAUUUCAUUCCAGACUGGAAGCCUCUCAACCUCGAGAUUGUCAGGUCAUUUGAGCUCAAGCCUGGUGAUAGGCUGUACGGUAUUCACGAUUCAUCUCUCUCUAGAUCCACUCUCCGUGAUUCUGACUCUGAAGAAGAGUCUGAAUAAGGGGAAUAAGUUAUCAGGCACAAGAUAAGAGUAAGGU